CCGUCAAACGUACGCAUCUAUUCCGACGCGUCCAAUCUGACGGAUCACGUGGUAUCCCCUCCUUCUUCCUCCCUGGCCCGAUUAGCUGCUAUAUCCCGGCAACCCUUGCGGUCGCUUCUUUCUCUUUCCGGUAACCAAGAUGUCCAAGAGAGGACGCGGAGGUUCGUCCGGUGCGAAGUUUCGCAUCUCCCUUGGUCUCCCCGUGGGAGCCGUCAUAAACUGCGCUGACAACACAGGUGGAAAGAACCUGUACAUAAUCUCAGUGAAAGGCAUCAAGGGACGUCUGAACAGACUGCCAGCCGCUGGUGUUGGAGACAUGGUGAUGGCCACAGUGAAGAAAGGAAAACCCGAGCUGAGGAAAAAGGUGCAUCCGGCGGUGGUUAUACGGCAACGGAAGUCGUACCGGAGAAAAGACGGGGUGUUCCUGUAUUUUGAAGACAAUGCGGGGGUGAUAGUAAACAACAAAGGGGAGAUGAAAGGCUCGGCUAUCACAGGCCCCGUGGCAAAGGAAUGCGCAGAUCUGUGGCCCAGGAUUGCAUCAAACGCAGGCAGCAUCGCAUGAACUCCUCCUCCCUUUGUAAAAUAAAAAAAAAAAAAGUAAA